ACAGAGGUGGAGCGUGUAGACAGCUUUAAGUUCCUGGGGGUCCACAUCUCCAAGGAUCUGACCUGGACGACCAGCUGCUCCAAACUCAUCAAGAAGGCACACCAGCGCCUCUUCUUCAUGAGGACCCUGAGGAAGAACUACCUGUCCUCAGAGGUCAUUACAAACUUCUACCGCUGCACCAUCGAGAGCAUCCUCACCAACUGCAUUACAGUCUGGUAUGGGAACUGCUCUGUCUCCGACCGGAAGGCGCUGCAGAGGGUGGUGAAAACUGCCCAGUACAUCGCCGGGGCACCGCUCCCUGCCAUCAAGGACAUCUACAGGAAGAGGUGUCUGAAAAGGGCUGGUAAAAUCACCAAGGACUCCACCCACCCCGCACACACACUCUUCUCCCUCCUGCCUUCUGGGAGGCGUUACAGAAGCCUACGGACCAGAACCACCAGGCAUCGGAACAGCUUCUUUCCUACAGCUGUCACGCUCAUGAACGCCUCCUGACACAACUAGAAGGAUUGUACCCCCCCCGUCCCCCGUCCCCCC